AUGGCGGACGGAAAGGGAGACGCCGCCGCCGCCGCCGGGGCCGGGGCUGAGGCUCCGGCGGGAGCCGGAGCCGGGGACGGAGCCGAGACUGAGUCCAUGGCUCGGGGUCAUCGCCCUGCGUCUCCGGCGCCGGGAGCCCCGGGACUGCGACCAUGUCUGUGGCAGCUGGAGACAGAGCUGCGGGAGCAGGAGGUGUCGGAGGUCUCAUCUUUGAACUACUGCCGGAGCUUCUGCCAGACCUUAUUGCAGUACGCAAGCAACAAGAAUGCCUCAGAACAUAUGGUGUAUCUUCUGGAGGUGUAUCGGCUUGCCAUCCAAAGCUUUGCCAGCGCACGCCCGUAUUUAACUACUGAAUGCGAAGAUGUCCUGUUAGUGCUUGGCAGAUUAGUACUGAGUUGUUUUGAGUUACUGCUUUCGGUGUCUGAAAGUGAACUGCCGUGUGAAGCCUGGGUGCUCUUCCUUCAGUCUCUACAGGAGUCACAUGAUGCGUUAUUGGAAUUUGGGAAUAAUAACCUACAAAUAUUGGUUCAUGUUACCAAGGAAGGAGUGUGGAAAAACCCAGUUCUUCUUAAAAUUCUGUCUCAACAGCCAGUAGAAACAGAAGAAGUCAAUAAAUUGAUUGCACAAGAAGGACCUUCCUUUCUGCAGAUGCGAAUAAAACAUUUAUUGAAAUCUAACUGCAUCCCUCAGGCCACUGCUUUAUCAAAACUGUGUGCAGAAUCUAAAGAAAUUUCAAAUGUGUCAUCUUUCCAGCAAGCCUAUAUCACAUGCUUAUGUUCCAUUCUCCCGAAUGAAGAUGCUAUUAAGGAGAUUGCAAAGGUCGACUGCAAGGAAAUACUAGACAUCAUAUGUAAUCUGGAAUCUGAGGGUCAGGAUAACACGGCAUUUGUUCUUUGUACGACUUACCUCACUCAGCAGCUCCAAACUGCAAGUGUGUAUUGUUCUUGGGAGUUGACUCUCUUUUGGAGUAAACUGCAGAGAAGAAUUGACCCAUCUUUGGACACUUUUUUGGAGCGCUGUCGUCAAUUUGGUGUCAUAGCUAAAACACAGCAGCAUUUGUUUUGUCUGAUUAGAGUUAUACAAACAGAAGCACAAGAUGCUGGUCUCGGAGUGUCGGUUUUACUAUGUGUCAGAGCUCUUCAACUCAGAUCAAGCGAGGAUGAGGAAAUGAAGGCAUCAGUUUGCAAAACAAUUGCUUGUCUUUUACCAGAAGAUUUAGAGGUCAGACGAGCCUGUCAGCUUACAGAAUUCUUAAUUGAACCUAGUUUGGAUGGAUUUAAUAUGUUGGAAGAACUGUAUUUGCAACCAGAUCAAAAAUUUGAUGAAGAAAAUGCACCAGUUCCAAAUUCUCUCCGAUGCGAGCUCUUACUAGCUUUAAAGGCCCACUGGCCUUUUGAUCCUGAAUUUUGGGACUGGAAGACUUUAAAACGCCACUGCCACCAACUGCUAGGACAAGAAGCCUCUGAUUCUGAUGAUGAUCUAAGUGGCUACGAAAUGUCUAUUAAUGACACAGAUGUUUUAGAGUCAUUUCUCAGUGACUACGAGGAAGGUAAAGAAGAUAAACAAUAUAGAAGAAGAGAUUUGACAGAUCAGCAUAAGGAGAAAAGAGACAAAAAACCCAUUGGUUCUUCUGAAAGAUACCAGAGGUGGCUUCAGUAUAAAUUUUUCUGUUUGUUAUGUAAGCGGGAAUGUAUAGAGGCCAGGAUUCUUCAUCAUUCUAAGAUGCAUAUGGAAGAUGGAAUUUACACCUGCCCAGUUUGUAUUAAAAAAUUCAAGAGAAAAGAAAUAUUUGUUCCUCAUGUGAUGGAGCAUGUUAAAAUGCCACCAAGCAGAAGGGACCGCUCUAGAAAGAAAUUACUCUUGAAAGGCUCUCAGAAGGGAAUUUGUCCCAAGAGCCCCUCUGCAAACCUGGAGCAAAACCAAUCAUUGGAUGAACAAGCCAAAGGAGAGUCUCAUGAAUAUGUCACAUUUAGCAAGUUAGAAGAUUGCCACCUGCAAGACAGAGAUUUGUACCCAUGUCCUGGCACAGACUGUUCCCGAGUAUUUAAGCAAUUUAAAUACUUAAGUGUACAUCUUAAAGCUGAACACCAAAAUAAUGAUGAAAAUGCCAAGCACUACUUGGAUAUGAAAAAUAGAAGAGAGAAGUGUACUUAUUGUCGACGACAUUUCAUGUCUGCUUUUCACCUGCGGGAGCAUGAACAAGUGCAUUGUGGUCCUCAGCCGUAUAUGUGUGUAUCUAUAGAUUGCUAUGCAAGGUUCGGAUCAGUGAAUGAACUACUUAACCAUAAACAGAAACAUGAUGAUCUGCGUUAUAAAUGUGAAUUAAAUGGCUGUAAUAUUGUUUUCAGUGAUUUGGGACAGCUUUACCACCACGAAGCACAACACUUUAGGGAUGCAUCUUACACGUGCAACUUUGUUGGCUGUAAAAAGUUCUAUUAUUCCAAAAUUGAAUACCAGGAUCACCUCUCAAUGCAUAACGUUGAAAGUUCAAAUGCAGAUGUGAAGAAAUCGGUGAAACUUGAGGAGGCUGCCCCAGGUGAAAAGCAAGAUUGCAUUGAUCAGCCUCAUCUACUUGACCAAACUGACAAAUCACAUUUACCGGAGGAUCUUCUUUUCUGUGCCGGAUCAGCUAGUUCUCAAAUAGAAACUGCAGAAAACCUGAAAGAAAACAGUGACAGUAAUUCUAGUGAUCAGUUGAGUCACAGCUCUUCAGCUUCCAUGAAUGAAGAGUUAAUUGAUACACUGGAUCACUCUGAAACCAUGCAGGAUAUAUUAUUAUCUCAUGAGAAAGUCUUUGUGCCCUCCAGUUUAAAAGAAAAAUGUUCCAAUGUGGCAGUUUGCUUUGAUGGGACUAAGUUUACCUGUGGUUUUGAUGGCUGUGGUUCCACGUACAAAAAUGCAAGAGGGAUGCAAAAGCAUCUACGGAAGGUUCAUCCAUACCACUUCAAACCCAAAAAGGUAAAGACAAAAGAUCUUUUUCCCUGUUUGGGUAAUGAACAUAAUCAAGCAACUGAAAAGUUUGAUGCAGAACCUAAACCCAGCUCAGAUACAAACAGCGACUCUCCAGAUGAAGGUCUAGAUCACAAUAUUCAUGCUAAAUGCAAAAGAGAAUAUCAAGGUUAUUCCUCAGAAGCUUCUGUUUGUGCUUCUAAAAGGCCAUGUACAGAGGAUACCAUGUUGGAACUUCUGUUACGCUUGAAACAUUUAAGCUUGAAAAACUCAAUAACGCAUGGAUCUUUCUCAGGGUCAUUGCAAGGGUACCCAUCCAGUGGUGCUAAGUCUCUUCAAUCGGUUUCACCUACCAUCUCAGACCUUAAUUUUCAGAAUCAAGACGAGAAUAUGCCAAGUCAGUACCUUGCACAGUUGGCAGCUAAGCCUUUUUUCUGUGAGCUUCAAGGAUGCAAAUACGAAUUUGUGACCAGAGAGGCUUUGUUAAUGCAUUAUCUUAAAAAACACAAUUACUCAAAAGAAAAGGUCCUUCAGUUAACCAUGUUUCAACAUCGGUAUUCCCCAUUCCAGUGUCAUAUUUGCCAAAGGUCAUUUACAAGAAAAACACACCUUAGGAUUCAUUAUAAAAAUAAACAUCAAAUUGGCAGUGACAGAGUAACUCACAAACUACUAGAUAAUGAAAAAUGUGAUCAUGAAGGCCCAUGCUCAGUAGAUAGAUUGAAAGGUGAUUGCUCUACAGAACUUGGUGGGGACCCCAGCAGUAACUCCGAGAAGCCACACUGUCACUCUAAAAAGGAUGAAUGCAGUUCAGAGACAGAUUUGGAGUCCUCUUGCGAAGAAACAGAAAGUAAAACAUCUGAUAUUUCAUCACCCAUAGGUAGCCAUAGGGAAGAACGAGAAGGAAGAGAGGGAAGAGGUAGCAGGAGAACUGUUGCUAAAGGAAAUCUCUGCUAUAUUUUGAAUAAAUACCACAAACCAUUCCAUUGUAUCCAUAAAACUUGCAACUCCUCCUUCACUAAUCUAAAAGGCUUGAUUCGUCAUUAUAGAACUGUACAUCAGUACAACAAAGAACAAUUAUGUUUAGAAAAAGACAAAGCAAGAACCAAAAGGGAACUUGUCAAAUGUAAAAAGAUAUUUGCUUGCAAAUAUAAGGAAUGUAACAAACGUUUCCUGUGUUCCAAAGCUCUUGCUAAGCACUGUAGUGACUCUCAUAACCUAGACCAUAUUGAAGAGCCUAAAGUGCUUUCUGAAGCUGAAUCUGCAGCAAGGUUUUCCUGUAACCAGCCUCAGUGUCCUGCUGUUUUUUAUACAUUCAGCAAGUUGAAGCACCACUUGAUGGAACAGCAUAAUAUUGAAGGAGAAAUGCAUUCAGAAUAUGAAAUUCAUUGUGAUCUUAAUGGCUGUGGCCAGAUCUUCACCCAUCGUAGUAAUUAUUCUCAACAUGUAUAUUACCGACAUAAGGACUAUUAUGAUGAUCUGUUUAGAAGCCAGAAAGUGGCAAAUGAAAGGCUACUAAGGAGUGAAAAGGUGUGUCCAACAGCUCUCACUCAGGGGCAUGAACAUCAGACUACCAGGAGAUCAUUUAAUGCUAAGGCUAAAAAAUGUAGUUUAAUCAAAGAAAAGAAGGCUCCGAUUAGUUUUAAAACAAGAGCUGAAGCCCUCCAUAUGUGUGUGGAGCAGUCUGAGCACACACAGUACCCCUGCAUGGUUCAAGGAUGCUUAUCUGUGGUAAAGUUGGAGAGCAGCAUAGUGAGGCAUUAUAAACGUACCCAUCAGAUGAGUAGCGCCUAUUUAGAGCAACAGAUGGAAAACCUGGUCGUUUGUGUGAAGUAUGGUACCAAAAUUAAGGAGGAGCCCCCUUCUGAAGCAGAGCCCUAUAUAAAGAAAGAAGAAAAUAGCUGUGAAUCAGAGCACACAAAGCACAGCCAUUCCCCAGCUGAUAGCGUGCCUGUCCAGAACAUGGAUUCCCUUCAUCCGGGCGAAAGGGAUGGAGGUCAGAAAGGAUGUACAGAAAGCAAACCAGUAUUUGAUGCAGAUACUUUGCUCUACAGAGGAACUUUGAAAUGUAACCAUAGUUCAGAAACCACUUCUUUGGAACAAUGUAAUAUAGCUCAGCCUCCUCCUUGUAAAAUAGAAAAUUCCAUACCUAAUCCUAGUGGGACUGAAAGUGGGACUUACUUCACAAGUUUCCAGCUGCCUUUACCAAGGAUCAAAGACUCAGAAACUGGGCAGCAAAGUUCAGGGCAAGAAAACACUGUAAAAAAUUCAACUCCUGUCCCAAAAGAGAAUUUUAGGAAGCAUCCACAGCCCAGGUCAUUUGAUUUGAAGACUUACAAACCUAUGGGAUUUGAAUCUUCAUUUCUGAAAUUUAUUCAGGAAAGCGAGGAGAAAGAAGAUGAUUUUGAUGAUUGGGAGCCUUCGGAGCACUUAACAUUAAGUAAUUCUUCACAACCCACUAAUGACUUAACAGGGAGUGUUAUGGCAAAUAAUAUGGUGAAUGACAAUGACCCUGAAGUUGACAUACCUCAUUCUUCCAGUGACUCUGCAAUUCAUGAGAACCUGACUGCAAUCCCACCUUUGAUAGUAGCUGAGACAACAACAGUCCCUUCCUUGGAAAACCUGAGGGUUGUAUUGGACAAAGCAUUAACGGACUGUGGAGAGCUUGCCUUAAAACAGCUUCAUUAUCUUCGGCCAGUGGUUGUCCUUGAAAGAUCUAAGUUUUCCACACCAAUUUUAGACUUGUUUCCAACAAAAAAGACAGAUGAGCUUUGUGUAGGAAGUUCCUAAAUAGCAAUUUUGUUUUAGAAACAGACUGGCUCCAACA